AUGUCAGACGAUACAUCUCAUCCCUCUGUCUGUGUUGAUAAUGCACAAGCUCUGAUACUGGACGGAAUUUGCCCUGGAGGUCCAGAUGCCCAACCCCAAAGACCUCUCAUGAGGUUUUCGGAGCGGAUGUCUGUGACAGUGAACGGCGGUCUCACUAAAAGACCUUCAUUUCAUAGAGCUGCACGACCUCUGGGAGUGACUCCUCAAAUGCGUCCUACUUGUGCUUCACAGCCAAGUGGGACACGUUUUGAGGAGUUUACACCAAGGCCGUUGCAUGCUCGAAAUGAUCGUUCUUUAGUUGAGUCCCGUUACGUCUCCACCAACUGGCAAGCUAGGGGAAUACGUUCUGUAUACCCUAAGCUUCUCCUCCGUUGUCUGGGCCCUGGCAGGAUACGCUCUGCUGACAUCGCACAGCGGACUGUCAGAGAGAGGAAUGAAGAGGUGAAAGUGAUCGUUAGACGUUGCACACGCAGAUCUAACGUUUCACCCGUACAUCCCUUCAUAAACCCGCUACCUGCCUUGGUUCCCCAGCGACGUCGAGGUCAUCCUGCUGCUCCUACUGUAAGUAGUAGAGCCUUAAUGCAGGACACCCCCAGACCUCUUCUGUCAGAGGAAAUCUCUUCUGCACAGCCUGAGCGUCAUCGGGCCCUGGAACCUGGCAGGAGUCUGUCUGCUGUUGUGUCACAGCAGAAACCUGUCAUGGUUGUGCAUCCUCUGGGCCGGCGUACACGUUGGGGUCGUGUCGCACCGGCUCAGCAGGUCCAGCACUCGGCUGCUCGGCAGUUCCAGGCUACACCUAUCGCUGUUAACUCACUGCCGAGAUUUACAAGCAGAGGGAAGGAGCAACCUGUUCAGGUUGUGCGUCCUCUGGGCUGGCCUACACGAGAGGGUCUUGUCGCACCCGCUCGGCAGGACCAGCCCCCGCCCGCUCCGCAGGACCCGACCCCGGCCGCUCGGCAGGACCCGACCCCGGCCGCUCCGCAGGACCCGACCCCGGCCGCUCGGCAGGACCCGACCUCGCCCGCUGCUGUAUCACAGCUAGUCCAGAUCCCGCCCGCCCGGCAGGACCGGACCCCGCCCGCUCGGCAGGACCAGCCCCUGCCCUAUGCUGUCUCACAGCUAGUCCAGAUCCUGCCCGCUCAGCAGGACCGGACCCCGCCCCCUUUGCAGGACCGGACCCCGCCCGCUCGACAGCUAGUCCAGACCCCGCCUGCUCGGCAGGACCAGACCCCGCCCGUUCGGCAGGUCCAGAUCCCGUCGGAUCGGCAGGUACAGAUCCCAUCGGCUCGCCAGGUCCAGACCUCGCCCCCUCGGCAGGACCAGACCCCGCCCGCUCGGCAGGCCCAGACCCCGACCGUUCAGCAGCCCUUUUCUGUCUCACAGUCCAGACCCCGGCCUCUCGGCAGGACCAGAUCCCGCCCCCUCCGCAGGACCAGACCCCGCCCGCUCAGCAGGUCCAGACCCCGACCGUUCUGCAGGACCAGAUCCCAACCGUUCGUCAGGACCAGACCCCAACCGUACGGCAGGUCCAGACCCCGGUCGCCCGGCAGGUCUAGCUCUUUCCCGCUGGUCUCACAGCUAGUCCAGACCCCGGCCUCUCGGCAGGACCAGAUCCCGCCCCCUCGGCAGGACCAGAUCCCACCCACUUGGCAGGACCAGACCCGACAGUUCGGCAGGACCAGACCCCAACCGUUCGGCAGGACCAGACCCCAACCGUACGGCAGGUCCAAACCCUGACCGUUCGGCAGGUCUAGCUCUUGCCCGCUGGUC